AUGUACCCAUUAUGCUCUGGAAAGCGGUUAGUGACUUUUGGAACAAUUCCUUGGCAGUCAUUUUUCCAGCGAGUCCUGUCAAUGCAAAGUGCUUUUUACUCUCAGGUUUUGUCCUUCUCCGGCGCUCUGUUUGCUGUUAUUCUUGUCAUUCCUGCAGUUCUGAUUGGAGCUGCUGGCAUAUCAGCAGACUGGAAACAGACAGAACUUGGUGUGUCUCCAAUACAUCUAAAUCAAAGUUAUAUGAUAUUACCAUAUGUUAUUAAAGAGUUUACUCCUAGAAUUCCUUGUUUACUUGGUAUGGCUGCUAUAUCUGCUGCAGUCAUGUCUUCAGUGGAUGGAGCUUUCUUUGGUUCUGGGUCUAUGUUUACAUAUAAUAUCUACAAAGAGGUCAUUAGAAAAAAUGUUUCUGAACGAGAACUAUUGAUCGUGCUGCGGAUAGCUGUCAUUCUAAUUGGAACAUUAUCAACACUCGUUGCUAUAUACAUUUCUACUGUUUACGGACUCUUCAUCCUUGCAUCUGAUUUCGUCUUUGUCAUCAUCUUCCCCCAACUGAUUUGUGUGGUGAUGUCGAAACAGUCAAACACAUACGGAGCUUUGGUCGGCUUCAUUCUAAGUCUCAUCCUACGACUGGGCGGGGGAUCAUCUGACUAUUUAGACAUUCCUCCUUUCAUCCACUUCCCAUUCUACAGUAAGGAGAAGGGACAGUUGUUUGCCUUCCGCACAUUUUCUAUGUUAGUUUCUGUAUUUGCCAUAAUCUGUGUCUCCUGGACGUUCAAGUGGGUCUUUCAGAAGAAUCUGUUGUCAAAAAAGUGGGACGUCUUAAAAUGUUUCACUUCUGCAUCGAGCUACUCCUUGACAAGUACCACAUCAUCCCGUAAUGCCUUGCCACUGACGCCAUCAACACCAGUUAUUGAUGAUAAUGGAAACCUCCCAGAUGGACUUAUUCUUAAUUGUGCCAAUGCCUGAAUGAAAAAAAAAUCUGUUUUUGAAUCCAA